AAUCAGAAGUUCGCGAUCCCGGGACUCGUCGUGGGAUCCGAGUCCGCUCCUCCGCAGACUGACGCGCUCUACGUUUCCUGAGCAAACCUCGACACAGGAGAAGAAACGGAGUGAAUAGAGAAGACUCGGUUGUUCCCUCUGGUCGGGUUUGGGGCCCCCCCCACCCACCACACCCCGCCAUGCCUUUGGUGACGAGGAAUAUAGAGCCGCGGCAUGUGUGUCGCCAGACCAUCCCUACGAAAAUUCGCAGCGAGCUGGAAUGUGUCACCAAUAUCAGCCUGGCCAACAUCAUCCGCCAGCUCGGCAGCCUCAGUAAGUAUGCAGAGGAUGUGUUCGGGGAGCUGUUCGUGCAGGCUGGAGCAUUUGCCAUCAGAGUAAAUACACUAGGAGAAAGAGUGGAUCGUCUGCAGGUCAAAGUCACACAGCUGGACCCCAAAGAGGAGGAGGUCUCUCUCCAGGCCAUCACCACCCGUAAGGCGUUCCGUAGCAGCGUGACCCAGGAUCAGCAGCUGUUCACCAGACCGUCUCUGCCAAUGCCGGUCCAAGACACCUACUCGACCUGUGAUCCACCUCCACCGCUCAACUACCUCAGCAGCUACCGGGACGAUGGGAAAGAGGCCCUGAAGUUUUACACAGAUCCUUCGUACUUCUUUGACCUGUGGAAGGAGAAGAUGCUGCAGGACACCAAGGACAUCAUGAAGGAGAAACGCAAGCACAGAAAGGAGAAAAAAGACCACCUGAACCAACGGACUCUCAACCCUCGCAAGAUCAAGACCCGGAAGGAUGAGUGGGAACGUCGCAAGAUGGGAGAGGAGUUUAUGGUGCCAAAGAAUGAUUUGAUGAAUUCCACUGAGGGCCUGAAUGGCAGUAUUGGAUCCGGAGAAGGCUUCACGUCUGAAGGCCUCGAGCUGAGCUCCGGCUCCUACGCUUAUGAUCCCGGCUCCCCUCUCCCUGUGCCGGGCUCUGAUGACUUCCUGCCUCCUCCACCUCCAGACAUGGCGUACAAUGAUGGACAGUACGGAGCACAGAACCAGAAGCGUGUCAGCGUGCUCAGUCCGAGCCACCCACCCCCAGCUCCCCCCAUGGCCUCUUCCCCAGCCAACUCCCGCCCUAACCUUGCACCUCCCCCAGCACCUCCUCCCCCUCCUCCAUCCUCCGGUUUUGGGGUCCCCCCGCCUCCCCCUGGCUUCGACACCCCGCCCUCCCCUCCUCCCUUCUCCUCGUCUUCCUCCGCCUAUCCUUCCCCACCUGCUCCCCCUCCUCCCCCUGACAUGUCUGCUGUUUCUCCUCCUCCUCCACCUCCUAUGCCCAUGGGUGGCGGUCCUCCACCGCCUCCUCCUCCUCCGCCUCCCCCUGGCCCUCCUCCUCCGUCCUUCACCAACUCUGCUCCCUCUGGGGGGACCCCCAGCUCUGCUCCCAAACCGCAGGCGGCAGAGGCAGCGGACGAGGCCGGUGGCUCUCGCACUAACCUGCUGCAGGCCAUCCGACAAGGUUGCAAUCUGCGGAAGGUGGAGGCACAACGGGAGCAGGAGAAGCGGGAUCACUCUGGCAACGAUGUGGCUGCCAUCCUGUCCCGUCGUAUCGCUGUGGAGUGCAGCGACAGCGAGGACGACUCUUCAGAGUUUGACGACGAGGAGUGGUCCGAAUGAUCGCCGUCCCUUUUCCCCUUCACUACCACCUCUCCUCGACAUUAAACAUCAGAAAAGCUUCAUUCAAAUUACAUUCUAAAGUACCAGUGGGAACAGAGGUCAAUGUUGUGUCUUAAUGUGUGAGUGAGUGAGAGAGAGAGAGAGAGAGAGUUUAAAAGCGUGUCUGCACAGAUUAUGUACACGUGACCUUUUACUAAUCACAUUCCUUAGCUCCUUUAUUACUGUUUAUCCGAAAUUAUUUAAGCGAUUCAAAGAAGCUAAAUCUGAAGAUGCGACUCGUGUCUGCGUGGUCGUGUUCCGGUUUGCCAUCACUCUCACUGGAUAACAGACCGCUGUUACCCAGUGAGAUUGUUGUGUGAUACGAUGCAUGUCUCCCUGCUGAGUCUGUGCACAAACACAUCGCCUCCGCCCUUCUUCAGUAUCUUUUAGAGUCAGGUGCCUGUUUGCUGCAAGCCAAGUGCCUGAUUUUUAUCUACCUUUAGUAUAUUAUGGGUAUGGAUAAUAGUGUGGGAGUACACACGUUCACACACAGGCAACCUCUUCUAUAUCCAGUAUUUGUACUCAGUGGAAAUACACAAGUUUUUAACGUCGAAACAUUCUCACCCGUUCGUACAUUGUUAUAUAGAUGUAAAAUUUGUAUUCCAUAUUGAAUCAUAUCUACUGAAGAUAAUGAAUGCAAUCGCUUUAAAUCCCAAUGUUUUUAUUUCUUAUCCUCUCUUUUAUAUUCUUUCUUUCCCUGUGGUUGUCAUGGGAACAAUUGACUGGUUUAUGAGACACCGUUUGUAGCUUGUAAACAAAUUCAUGAAUGAAUUAUUCAGCGUGAUAGGGGGAAGUAUCGGCUCAUGUCAGACACCUGGGGUGUUCGCUGAGAUCAUCGUGCAGAACAUAAGCAGACAUUAGCAGAAACAUCUUGAUUCAUUUUGUACUGCAUAUUGGCUGCGUUGUGUAUUCCUCCCUGACGCUUUUAUUAAUUUUGACAUUUUCCGGGGAAGAACUAAGUUCUGAUGCUUUAAUCACUGCGACCGUUUUGCCUUGUCCUGCUGCCUAAUAGGUGUCCUUCUACUGCUGCAUUUCAGUGUUUAUCCACACUGGGCACUGGUCAGCUUCUCUAAAAAAUUAUGUUACAGCUGCCAUAAAUGAGUCGGAUGUAGAAGUGACUGAUGCGUAGUGUGGACUGUUUUCUAAGUGCCUUUUGUUUUAAGUCUGCCUGUGUUAAAGCACAAUCACACAACAUGCUUGGCCAAAGUUCUGCUUCUCCUGACUUAAAUUUUCAAAUGAUUCUAGUUAUUUCAAUAAAGAUAGUGUAUUAACCUGA